AUGGCAAUGGAUCCCAAACGCGUCAAAUCCGACCUUGUCCUCAUCCUCGACUUCGGUUCCCAGUACACUCACCUCAUCACUCGUCGAAUCCGAAGCCUCUCCGUUUUCUCCCUCUGCCUCAACGGCACCUCCUCUCUUCAAUCCAUCACCGAACUCAACCCUUCCCUCGUCAUUCUCUCCGGCGGUCCCCACUCCGUUCAUACUCCCGACUCCCCUUCCUUCCCUGACGGCUUCCUCCAGUGGGCUCAGUCCAAUUCCGUCCCCGUUCUAGGUAUUUGCUACGGACUCCAGCUUCUCGUUCACCGUCUCGGAGGCGAAGUUCGUGUCGGAAACACGCAGGAGUAUGGACGGAUGGAAAUCCAUGUCGAAAAUCCUUCUGCUCUAUACCCGUUCGAUAAAGUUGGACAUAAUCAAGUUGUCUGGAUGAGCCAUGGAGAUGAAGCUGUCACUCUUCCGUCGGGUUUCAAUGUCGUGGCGCGAAGCCAGCAGGGUGCUGUUGCUGCUAUAGAGAAUCCCUCUUCCAAAUUAUAUGGCCUUCAGUAUCACCCUGAGGUGACUCAUACGCCGGAGGGAAUGGAAACUCUGAAGCAUUUUCUAUUUGAUGUGUGUGGAAUUGCGGCGGAGUGGAAGAUGGAGGAUGUGUUGGAGGAAGAAAUUAGAGUGAUCAAUAAUACAGUGGGGCCUAAGGAACAUGUUAUUUGUGCUUUAUCUGGCGGUGUUGAUUCUACUGUUGCUGCUACUAUAGUUCAUAAAGCUAUUGGGGAUAGGCUUCAUUGUGUUUUCGUUGACAAUGGCUUGCUCAGGUAUAAUGAGCAGGAACGGGUGAUGAAAACCUUUGAAAAGGAUCUUCAUUUACCUGUUGUAUGUGUUAAUGCUGUAGAUCGAUUUCUUACAAAGCUAAAAGGUGUGACGGAUCCGGAAGUUAAGAGGAAAAUAAUUGGUAAAGAGUUUAUCUGCAUUUUUGAUGAUUUUGCUCAGGAACUAGAGAAGAAACUGGGAACCAGACCUUCUUACUUGGUUCAAGGGACCUUGUAUCCUGAUGUGAUUGAAUCAUGCCCGCCACCUGGAAGUGGGAGAACCCAUUCCCAUACCAUCAAGAGCCAUCAUAAUGUUGGUGGUCUGCCAAAGGACAUGAAAUUGAAACUUAUUGAACCACUUAAACUACUUUUCAAGGAUGAGGUUCGUCAAUUAGGGAGGAUCAUGGAUGUUCCUGAGGGAUUUCUAAAACGUCAUCCCUUCCCUGGGCCUGGUCUUGCAGUUAGAGUAUUGGGUGACGUGACUGAAGAUAAUGCAUUAGAUAUUCUCCGACAGGUUGAUGAGAUUUUCAUUCAGUCAAUCAAAGAUGCUGGCCUCUAUGAUGUAAUCUGGCAAGCCUUUGCAGUUUUCUUACCAAUAAGAUCUGUUGGAGUUCAAGGUGAUCAAAGAACACACUCCCAUGUUGUUGCACUCAGAGCUGUUACGAGUCAAGAUGGAAUGACAGCAAGCUGGUACUACUUUGACCACAAGUUCCUUGACGAUGUCUCAACCAAAAUCUGUAAUGAGGUCCGUGGUGUGAAUCGUGUUGUGCUAGAUAUUACGUCAAAGCCUCCAUCAACAAUUGAGUGGGAAUAA